AUGUACCCUCCCCAAGCCCCGCUCGAUGCACGAUAUCGGCCACGGCCUAUCCCACAGCAGCAUGCACCGCCAGUGCUGCCUCAAGAAACGAAUUGGCCGCUCGAAAACGAGGGCGUUACGGCCGACAGCGAGCCCGAACACUGGCCACUCCCACCACGUACACUAUCCCCCUUCCCUCCGCGCAGCAACAGCCCCCUGGGCCAUCCUCCGCGCCAUCCCCCACCCUCGCAGCCGCGGGUAGACUAUCAGUUCUCCUUCUCCGAUCGACCCCGUCCGCCAUACCGUCCUGGAGCGUCUGGCAAACCGUACCCACCCCCUUCUCCGUCUCAGAAGAUGCACCCGGGCAAUGCACAAUGGGCUGGCGACGGAUACAACGCACCCUCUGCGCCCGUCUACUACCAUCGCCCGCCGCAGCCUCGAUCACCAAAGAAGCCUGCCCACGGCUUCUCGGGCCCGGCGCCUGGCACGCACUACCAACAAAGACCCCCGCGUCCCCCUGGGCAGCGUUCAUCAAGAAGAGGCCCAGCGGACUUGCCUCGUCUGGCGGUCCCCGCGCCGCUGGCCGAAAGGUCUCCCAACCCUCCCACCCUCACUCCAGCCAGCGACCAUGCAAACGAGCGGAUUCCGUCUUACUACUUUGAGAAGUCGGAUGGCUCCCAAGAAGGGGAAUCAUCAACCCCACCAAACGAGGUGGACCACAACGAAUCUCCAACACUUGCGCAGCGUACCGACGAGAACGGCGGGGCGAAGCCAGUCGGAUUCGCACAAAACAUACAUGAGAACGCUGAGAUGAAAUCGGCGCGUUCAGAUAGUGUGACACCUACCCCUAUGAUCAGGCAAGCUAGCUUGGGCAAGAAGACUCGACCUGCCUUGACAACCAUCACCAACGGGGAGAGGAGGAGAGAGAGCAGCUCAGGAGACGCCAAUACCAUGCACUCGAGCCAACCAGAGUCGUCCGACGGUCUCACUCCUUUCAUCGAGGCACACGAACCCGUACCGGGAGCCUGGGUGUCAGAAGGUCCGACACCCGACGACAGUGCGGGCCAGGACAGGACUCUGGAUCAUGACAACAGUGUUGCAAGGGAUGCUACGGGUGUCGCGGCCGUUGUCGGAGCAGCCGGUGCAGGCGCCAUGGUGGUAGACGCAGCAGAGGCGGACGAGAACGACGCAGACGCCAGAAGCAACAGUCCACGACGCAGCAGUCAUCUCCUCGGCCCCGUCCCUGGCCUACAACGCCAAUCUUUCACCGCGUCAGAAGCUGAGAUUCUUGAUAUUCCUGCGGAACGCCGAUCACCAGUACUACGGGCUCAGGAUGACGAUCCUCCCGCCCCGCUCUCGCCCCUUGCCCACGCAUACGGUGAUGAACAGAAUGAUGUCCACGAGUACGGCGCUAUUGGCACCAUUACCGAAGGCGGGCCCUCAGACGAUACCGAAGGUCUCACCGAAAAGUCCGAAAUACGUCGCUCACGCCCGUCAUUCAUCGAAGAUGAUACCGCUGGGGGAGAACGCGGCUCCAUGACCUCACUCCCUGACCUCAUCAGACGAGCGACCAAGUUGGCACGGAACCUCGACCGCGGCAAGACAGCCAGUCGACUAGGCAUGAACUUCUUCAACACCUCGGAGUCCGAUGUGAAUGUGGAGAAGUACCGCGCCGCGAUCAACACCCGGCAGUCGAAAGCGAGCAUGUCGGACAUGCUAAACGUUGGAGGCCAGAACAACGAGAUGCGCAGGAGUCUGGGCCAGUUCUCUUCGAUGCUGAGACACUCGCAGCUGCCAAGCGACAGCGAUGCCGCAGAAGUUCGCGAGAAGACCAAGAGGAAGUGCUGCGGCAUGCCGCUCUGGCUGUUCCUCUUGCUUCUCGCCCUGUUGGUGCUCUUGAUCGCCGCCGCGGUAGUCAUCCCCGUGGUUCUAUUCGUAAUACCCAAGCAGCACCCAGCCACCACAGCCGCAAGCAAGCCCACCUCCGGCACACUCCAAGGUUGCUCCGCAACGCAGUCCUGCGAAAACGGCGGCGUGCACAUCAUCGCCCGCGACAACUCCUGCAGCUGCCUGUGCGUCAACGGGUACACGGGCGAAACUUGCAGCGUGCACGAGCCCUCGGGCUGCACCACGACGGCCGUCAGCCUCAGCUCGCAAGCCACCAUCGGCUCCGACCUGCCGCAGCUCAUCGCCAGCUCGGGCGCGGACUUCAACGUCCCGCUGAACGCCGAGACGCUGCUCGGCCUCUUCUCCACCGCCGACCUGAACUGCGCGCAGGAGAACACGCUCGUCACGUUCCAGCAGGAUGGCGCGACGCGCCGCUCCGCCUUCACGGACACGGGCUCCAUCACCGAUUUCGCGGGCGUUGCUGUGCUGUACAUCCUGCAGGCUUCGGGCGAGCUGAACCAGGCAGCGAGCGCGCAGCACACGCUGCAGUACUAUUUGAGCAGCGCGGGACAGCAGUCUGGCUCUGCGGCGCAGAAUAUUUCCCUGGGGAAUGGAUUCAGUUGUAAUCUGGAGGAGAGGAAGUUGGCGUGGACGCUGAGCAGUGGGGCCACCGUUUCUAAUCAGUGA